UAGAAAAUGAGCACAUGUCUUCAAUAUAUAAACACAUUCUUGAUUCGUGAUUUCAUCAUACACUGAAAAUCGACUCGUGAAACGUGAACAGAGCUAACUUACUAAAUGGCAAUUAAACUAACAACGAUGGAUAAUCAGAUGAACCAGCGCCAUUCUGCUCACCAGCCAGGACAGCGCCCCCCUCGGGCGCCAAAGCGCCACCGUUUUUUCUCGAGCCCGCCCCACCAUCGGGUCUCUAAGACCUCCUGUGUUAAACAAGAGGAGGGUGACUAUAAAAUCAUCAUUGAAGCGUGGGGAGAAAGCUUCUACCCUACCUCAAGUGAAACCGUUCUCUGUUCCUUGUAAUCUGUAUAUAGGGAAUAAUUUCAACGUUCGAAUUUACAAUUAUUUUGCAAUGCAGAAGUCAGUACAGAACAACAAGGAUGGGGGUUUAGUUCACCUGGAUUUUGACCCAGUUAUGCACUUCAAACACAUGAAGCUGUCUACGGCAGCCGAGAAAAUAUGGAGUGUUCCUAAUGCUGGGGGAAAUUCUGUUAUUUCUGAAGUCCUCUCCUUCGAAACGUUCCACAGGUGUUUCCAUGCUAAGCUUUUCAAGACUGAAAUGGAGGUUUCUUACUUCCCAGAAGGGGGUUCAAUAACGGACUACGUUUGUGAAAUUUUCGACACAAAAGUGGGCGUGUCUGUCACACGUGCUAUGAAGUACCGAGGGGACUUCACAGAGGAGGAUGCCCAUCACCUCCUGAUGAAAAAGCUGAAAGGGGUAAACCAAGCAAACAGAAAUACUUUAGAGAAAUGGAAUAAGCAGAUUCUGCAUGUUUGGGUCCAAAACAAGGAGGUAGCUAAUUUGAUCACUAAAACCUUCAACAACCUGUCAAUGGACUUAGUGUCCAGCACUGUAGUGGUCAUCUCCAGGACCCGACGGUCAGACUUCAUCUUCUACAAUCCCUGAGAAGAAGGUCAUGAUUUCAUUUUGAACGUCGGUUGCAGUCCGUCAUCUUGAGGAGGCUAAUUCAAUGUCUUCAGCUUCUCACAGAAAGUUUGUCCGAUGUCAAUACGCCAAUGCCCACUGUUCUGGAUUCAUCUUCUACAAGCCCGCGACAAGAAGAAAACCAUCGGGAGAUGAAUUUUUCCAAGACCCACUGGACAGACUUCACAAUUUACAAUCCCUGACAGAGAGAUCACCUUCCGGGAUAAUGGUGACCGGCACUUGGUCAGAUUUCAAUAUCAGACAAGCCACAGUCAGCAGUGGUACUGGUCAAGCUACAAACCCUGAUAUACAAAGACCAUUCCUAGUGGUCACCUUCAGGCCAUACCACCAGACAGAGACACCCCCCCCCCCCGGCUAAGUUCUAGGUCACAGCCAGGGGAAGUUCUAUAGGAUUGAGCAGCAGGCCCGGCCUAUCAUAGACCUCUACCUGAAUUUUUAAUUCCUGCCAUUCGAUCAAAAAUUCAAACAGAUUAUUACAAAUAAAGUUCAAAUUAAG